UUUGCGAUCUGGUGGUCCUGCAGGUCCUGUAUACCCGUAAAUAAGGAAAGAGAAGUGUCCAAGGAAGCACACUGGGUGCCUGCACCGUUUCAGGACCCACGUUGCGAAACAAGGAAGUGGAGGACUUGUAGGACGCGAAGUUUUGUCUUGAGAGUGCACAGAUCUGGGACUGCACCUGAAAGGACAGCCCGCACCCUAGAGCGGCGAUGACUGACAGAAGGCGGGCCUCCGCACUGCGGGGGUCACGCUCCCUCUCUCUCGUAGCAGCAGCCUGCCUGUGCCUCGCGUCGAUGUGCUUGACUGGCGCAUCUGCAAGAUCUGCGGAUGACAGGACACUGCCAGCGCUGCCGGGCGUGGCAGGCCUGCCGACCCUGCCAGAGAUCAACGUGCGCAGCUUCGCAUCGGAGAACAUGCAGCCAGUCCUGGACGCGCUGCCCAACUUUGCACCCACGCCAUCCAUCGACGACCGCGUGGCUGAAGCUUCCAACACAGUCUCCCAGGCCUCCAACACUGUCGCAGAGGGCAUCAGGAGCGCGCAGCAGGCAGUUGCCCCGGGUGUGCAGAGUGUAUCCUCGGCACUUGGCCCCAUCUCGCAGAUUCGUGACGCCUUCGGCGCUGCCCUGGCUCCCGCGCAGCUCUCAGGUGAUCCGCCGGUGCCGCCACCGCGGCCGUCCAACAUCGUGGUGGCGCUUGAGGGAGAAGAGGUUGAGGCAUCCUCGCCGGAACCGGCGCCACUGCCGGACCUCCCGCUGCCGCCUCUGCCGCAGCUCCCCCCGGUCCUCCCACCGGCCCCCGAGCUCGCGCUCGCCGACAGCACUGCUGCCGCCCCCGCGCCUAGCACCAGGUCAAGUGAGGCGCUGCAUGUUCUGGACGCGCAGGAGCAGCAGCCUGCUGAGGUGAUCGCGCCUGCUCCAGUCAGCUUGGAGUACCCCAACUCAGACACCGUCGUCAUCCGUAUCCCCCGCCCCAGCGAGAGCGCCUCCCUGCAGGCGAGUCACCUUCCUAGUUUCUGUGCGCGGCCGCUGGCGCUGCAGGCCAUGCUGCCCAAGGGGCUGCCCAAGCCUGCCCAGCAGGCGCGCAAGCUGUCUGAGGAGGCCGCCCCGGCGCCCGCUCCUCAGGCGGACGGCCCGCGUGGCCUGCCCGCGCUGCGCAGCGUACCUGAGCUCGGGCUGCCCGACAUGCCCGCCAUUGCUCUGCCGGCCGACGCCGACGCAAUCCUCGCCCCCCUGCCGGCACCCCGGCCCCAGGCACGCUCCUGCCGACCUGCCUCCGGUCCGGAGGUUGCGGUGCUGCAGGAGGUGCAGCGCCCGUACAAGGCCUUCUACAAGGCGCUCCCCGUCCUCUCCGGCAUCGGCCGCCGCAUGCUGCAGCAGCCGCAGCAGCCCGGCCCUCAGCCGCGCCAACCCGGCCCCGAGCCGCGCCAACCCGGCCCCGGUCAGCCACAGGUGCAAUCCUUCCAGCAGCAGCCGAGCGGCCAGCCGGCUGUGUCCUUCCACCCGGAGAUUCAGAUCGACCAGAACAACAAGCAGCUGCAGCUGACCGGCGGCACCUUCAGCUUUGCUGGCAAGGAGAUCAGCCUGCCCUCCAUCCCCGUCGCCUUCCCUGCCAUCCCGGCCCUCAACACCCUCUCCGCCGUCUACCCCAACAUGGACCUGGGAGAGGCGCCGGCCCCGGCCCCGGUGGCGGAGAUCCUUGCGCAGGAGUACGCGGCUGCGCAGGAGGGCAAGGCAGCGCCCUUGUACAUUGACAACCCCCUCACGCGCGCAUUCUCCGGCCUCAUCGCUGGCCGCCGCCUGCAGCAAGCCUCCUCCGGCGCCGCCGCCCCGGCUCCCGGCCAGGCACGGCCCCUCCUUCCUGUCUCCUGGGCGCAGGAGCCGCGCGGCCUGCCCAGCCUGCCCGCAGUGCCCGACCUUGGGCUGCCCAGCAUGCCCGAGAUUGCUCUGCCGGCCAAUCCCGAGGCGCUGCUCGCGCCGAUCCCCGCGCCCCGGCCGCAGGGCCCGGCGGCCGCCGCAGCCGCCGAGGCCGGCCGCCCCUACACCGCCCUCUACAGCGUCCUCCCCGUGCUCGGCAAGGCCUCAGGCCGCAAGCUGUCACAGCUGCCGCCUCAGCAGGUGGCGCAGCAGCCGCAGCAGCCCGGCCCGCAGGCGAAUCUGCAGGCGCAGCAGCAGCCGGCGCAGCCGCAGGGGUACCGCAACCCGCAGCCGCUGAUCACGGUCGAGCCGCACGUGCUCAUCGACCAGAAGAACGAGAAGUCCUUCCUGCAGAGCGCCGACAUCGUGUUCCAGAACGGGCAGCGCAUCCCCCUGCCCGCCGGCUUCGACCUGCCCACCACCGGCCUCUGGCACCAACUGCUGGAUAUUCCCCAGGGCACCGUGGUUGACGGUCCAGUCCCUGCUCCCUUCCUGGCUCCGGCCCAGCCCAAGGCUGCUGCCCCGGCCCCGGCCGCCGAGCCGCUCCCGGCAGCCGAUGAGACCAGCCCUAUCUCUUUCCUGAUCAAGGGGAUUACCGACCUCGCCAACCGCACCGGCGGCCGCAGAUUGGCGCAGCAGCCGCCGCAGCAGCAGGUGGGCCCUCAAGGGGCGCCGCAGCAGCCGGCAGCACAGCUACAGCAGCAGCCGGCGCAGCCGCAGGGGUACCGCAACCCGCAGCCGCUGAUCACGGUCGAGCCGCACGUGCUCAUCGACCAGAAGAACGAGAAGUCCUUCCUGCAGAGCGCCGACAUCGUUUUCCAGAACGGGCAGCGCAUCCCCCUGCCCGCCGGCUUCAACCUGCCCACAACCGGCCUCUGGCACCAGCUGCUGGACAUCCCCCAGGGCACCGUGGUUGACGGUCCAGUCCCUGCUCCCUUCCUGGCUCCGGCCCUGCCCAAGGCUGCUGCCCCGGCCCCAGCCGCCGAGCCGCUCCCGGCAGCCGACGAGACCAGCCCUAUCUCUUUCCUGAUCAAGGGGAUCACCGACCUUGCCAACCGCACCGGUGGCCGCAGAUUGGCGCAGCAGCCGCCGCAGCAGCCCGGCCCGCAGGCAAAUCUGCAGGCGCAGCAGCCGGCGCAGCAGCCGGCACAGCAGCCGGCGCAGCCGCAGGGAUACCGCAAUCCGCAGCCGCUGAUCACGGUCGAGCCGCACGUGCUCAUCGACCAGAAGAACGAGAAGUCCUUCCUGCAGAGCGCCGACAUCGUGUUCCAGAACGGGCAGCGCAUCCCCCUGCCCGCCGGCUUCAACCUGCCCACAACCGGCCUCUGGCACCAACUGCUGGAUAUUCCCCAGGGCACCGUGGUUGACGGUCCAGUCCCUGCUCCCUUCCUGGCUCCGGCCCUGCCCAAGGCUGCUGCCCCGGCCCCGGCCGCCGAGCCGCUCCCGGCAGCCGAUGAGACCAGCCCUAUCUCUUUCCUGAUCAAGGGUAUCACCGACCUCGCCAACCGCACCGGUGGCCGCAGACUGGCGCAGCAGCCGCCGCAGCAGCCCGGCCUGCAGGCAAAUUUGCAGGCGCAGCAGCCUGCGCAGCAGCCGGCGCAGCCGCAGGGGUACCGCAAUCCGCAGCCGCUGAUCACGGUCGAGCCGCACGUGCUCAUCGACCAGAAGAACGAGAAGUCCUUCCUGCAGAGCGCCGACAUCGUGUUCCAGAACGGGCAGCGCAUUCCCCUGCCCGCCGGCUUCGACCUGCCCACAACCGGCCUCUGGCACCAACUGCUGGACAUCCCCCAGGGCACCGUUGUGGAUGGCCCCAUCCCGGCCCCAUUCCUGGCCCCCGCCCUGCCCAAGGCCGCCGCCCCGGCCCCGGCCGCCGAGCCGCUCUCGGCAGCCGAUGAGACCUCGCCCAUCUCCUUCCUCAUCAAGGGGAUCACCGACCUCGCCAACCGCACCGGCCGGCGGCUCUCGGCGCAGCAGCCGCAGCCGGUUGUUCAGGAGCCGGAGCAGCCCGGUCCCCGCCAGGCGCCGGCGCCGGGGGUUACUCUCUCCCUGGCGCUGCGUGGCGAGACCAAGGAGACCUUUGCGCCAAAGCAGGAGGCGUUCCUUGGCCAGCUGGCAGCGGAGCUGGGUGUGCCGGAGGAGGCGAUUUACGUCGUGCGGGUGCAGCUGGUGAGUGCGCGCGCGGCCGAGAGCCACCUGCGCAUCGCGCGCGAGCUGCAGUCCCAGGCACGCCCCUUCUAUUGCGUGCAGGCCAAGGAGGACGCGGGCGAUCUGGUGGUGACAUUUUCAGUGGAGACGGCGGAGCCGGAGGCGGCCGUGGCGGCGCUCGAGGCGGCGCUCGGCUCCGGCGGCCGGCUGACGGCCGCGCUGGCCGACACCGCAGCCGUGCGCAUCGCGCCGGACUCCCUGCGCGUGGUUCCCCCCGCCGCCGACGCCUAA